AGGAACUCCAAUAAACAGGCUGCCAAUAAUGGCAAAAUCAGUUCUGGACCUGUACGAAUUGUACAAUCUUGUGAUAGCUCGAGGAGGACUCGUGGAUGUUAUCAACAAAAAGCUGUGGCAGGAGAUCAUCAAGGGUCUUCAUCUGCCUUCUUCCAUUACGUCUGCUGCUUUUACACUUAGGACACAAUACAUGAAAUACUUGUACCCGUACGAAUGCGAGAAGAGGCGACUGAGUACCCCAGCAGAACUUCAAGCGGCCAUAGACGGGAACAGACGAGAAGGAAGAAGGAGCAGUUACGGCCAGUACGACCAAAUGCAGAGAUCUCCAAAUCCAGCCGCCGGGUUGCAGAUGUCGCCCUUGUCCCUCGUACAGCAACAACACACGGUGAGUAAAAGACUACUCACAACCAUUCAACGCUUAAGGGAUGAAUGGGAACAAGAAAAUUAUCAGUUGCAGCAGCCCCUGCAACAGCAGUUAGCAGCUAGGAUGCUGUCUCUUCAUCAUCAACAGCAGCAGCAGCAGCAACAACACCACAAUGGCGUCCAUCAUCCGAGCCAUCCGCCGCCCAUGGGUCAACCAACAACGAACGGAGUACAGGGGGGGCCGCUGCCCGGACUGGCGCCGUCGGAAUUUGAGGCCAGGAUGAUGGAGUAUGUUAAAUUGCUGAAUAAGGAGAUGAGAAGUACUACAGCUGAUUUUACAGGAGGCGGUUGUGGCACACCGCCCCCAAUCAUCCGAGCCGGAGGAGAAAUGUCGCCCCCUACCAUUCGUCGUCUACACCCCUCUUCAUCCUCUCGAAUGUCACGUAUGACGCUCUGGAACCUGUACAGUAACAAUAACCACCCUGUACAACCCACUGCAAACGCAAGUGCCGUGGAGCCACAGAAGGAGCCGAUCAACUUAGUGUAG